AUGGCAAUCCAUUUAUUAAAACUUUUUCUUUCUUUGUCUUUUUUUUUUAAUCUCUUUUCUUGUACUAUUUUUUCUUUCCUCUUCUUCCCCCCCCUUUUAUCUUUCAUAGGAAUUUUUAUCCUUUCUUCUCAUUUUCUUUCUUUUUUCUUUUUUCCAUUUUCCAUUUCUUGGCAGUUUUUCUUUGCUUUGAUUAUUAUUUUAAAUUCUAUUUCUUUCGUUAUUUUCUUUGUUUUCCCCUUUUUGAUAGUUUUACUUUCUCUCUUUUUAUUUCCUUUUCGUUUAUUCUAUUUUUAUUUGGUGGUUCUUUCUUUCUUUCUUUCUUUCUUUCUUUCUUUCUUUCUUUCUUGUUGCUCGUGGAUCAAAAUCUAUCUAUCUUUGUAUGUUCAUUAUCUAUCUAUCUAUCUAUCUAUCUAUCUAUCUAUCUGCAUUUUCAUAUCUAUCUAUCUAUCUAUCUAUCAGCUUGUUGAUUAUCUAUCUAUCUAUCUAUCUAUCUAUCUAUCUAUCUAUCUAUCUAUCUAUCUAUCUAUCUAUCUAUCUCUUCGCCUUUUCAUAUCUAUCUAUCUAUCUAUCUAUCUAUCUAUCUAUCAGCUGUUUAUAACACUUGAUAUCGCAGUUACAAUAUGUUUAUGCAAUUCCCAUAUUUUUUCAAGUAGCUACAUUAAAAGAUGUUUUGCAUCUAUCUAUCUAUCUAUCUAUCUAUCUAUCUAUCUAUCUAUCUAUCUAUCUAUCUAUCUACAGCUAACCAUUCAGCAUAGGAAACAUAGUAUCUAUCUAUCUAUCUAUCUAUCUAUCUAUCUAUCUAUCUAUCUAUCUAUCCUAGUCUCUUCGCUAUCUAUCUAUCUAUCUAUCUAUCUAUCUAUCUAUCUAAUAUAUUCUUUAUCUAUUUAUGUUAAUGUCUUAUCUAUCUAUCUAUCUAUCUAUCUAUCUAUCUAUCUAUCUAUCUAUCUAUCUAUCCUAUGGCAAAUCUUAUUCACAACGACAUCAAUAUGCCUUCGAAACUACGUCGGAUGUUACGCCGCUGUGGUUACCACUCUCCUUCAUUUCUUUCUGUCUGAACCACCAUCAUUCCAGCCCACCUCUUAA